CCUUUGCACAGCCCUCGUGACCUCUUCAUUGUAGACUGAGCUCCCACCUAGAUACACCCACUGACCUCUACAGGAGCUCGCAUCAUGAAGACUCUCCUACUUUUCUCCGCUGUCUGUGUAGCUGUGUCCUACAGCCAAGUGCUCCAGCCAUGUUCGCCACCAUCGCUCUGGGAAGCCAGAGUCUCCAGGAUUGACCCAGAAAAGCGCUUCGCCGAGCGUGCGAGGAUUUCCUACGAUGCCACCAAUAGGCGCAUCCGCCUCAUCGAGGAAGUCUUGAUUCGUGACGACAAAGACUACUUUGAUGUGCUGUUCAUCCACAACACCGAGCCCGGUACGGAAUACCGCUUCAACCUGAAGACCAAGGAGUGCCAGAAGAGGGAGAUCGCUGAUGCCUGGCGUCCCUUCCAAGUCCCCCCAAACUCCACCUUCCUGGGUGAGGGCUACAUCGGAACCGGCGCUGUACCAGGGGCAGGCGUGCUGACGCAACUCUGGUCAAAUACGUUUGAGAACGAAGACAAGUACUUCGGUGUCUACACGGCGGAGGGCUGCAUUCCUAUCCAAGAGGAAUUCUACAGCAGGCGCACUGGCCUUGUCUCUUCUACCUUCUUUGAUGUGACAGCCGGUAUCUCGGAUCCUAAUGUCUUCAUCCCACCGAGGGAGUGCGAGUAACCCGCAAUGCCGGUAGUUACAUGUAUUACGGCGAGAAGAUCCUUAUUAGAGUGGUGAUAGAUUGAAGAAAGAACCCACAACACAGCAAGUCUCUCAUUGUACUUAAUUUGCGAGAUCUAUAUUAUGACGAUGUUUGUUUAUUUUUAAUGUCAGUUUGUCUUGUAAGCGUCAAUACUUAUUUCAGUUAACACACACAGUUUACAAAAACACACUAUUGGUCCUUCCUUGUCAUGUGUGCACGAUGGCAACAUGUUGUCAAGCACACGGUUGGUAGUCACCUUUGGUUUAGUACAACCACAAUAUCGUAUGAGACACCUCGUUCCUCCCCUACAUUGUAAGGAAACGAUCGUGAACGUGGAUUAAAACUUUCUAUCUACUCA